GGAGACUGACCACCACCAUUACCACAAGCUCCUUAAAAACGAUGAAGAGGCAGUGAGGUCAGACACAGAGAGAGGGUAGUCUCACAAAAAUCAUCCUCUUCCAACUCCUAACAUAACAAAAAAUAGAGAAAGAAAGGAUGUAAUUAAGAAGAUACUGUGGAGCAGAGUACAGUGGGAUGGAAGGAAAGGACCAAGAUAAGAAAGAUAUUGUGGUCUGGAUAAUUAGCCAUCAAAAGCUUUUUUUUAGGAGGAGAAGAAUAUAAUUGAGUGGGGAAAUAGCCCACAAACCCUUUCCCCUCUGCAGUUUAUAUACCCCAAUGCCCAUCUCAGUAUCAGCCAACCCCACAUCUAUCCAAUUUAGAUCACAUCACAGCUCCAAAAUUGGCCUUCUCCACUAUUGGUGAACCCAUACCAUAUAUUUGGGAAAAAAAACAAAAGAAAUCCAUCAAUAGGAAGGGAGUCCAACUACGGAGGAAGAUGGGAGGAAGCAACAGCAACUGGAGCAGCGGCGGCGCCACCGGCAGCAAGCUGCUGGAGAUGCUGAACGUGAGGGUAGUCGGCAACGCCGACCGGCCGGCGCUGGUGCUGUCCCAUGGCGUCGGCACCGACCAGUCGGCGUGGAACCGCAUCGUCCCUUACUUCCAGCGCGACUACCGCAUCGUCCUCUACGACCUUGUCUGCGCCGGCAGCGUCAACCCCGACCACUUCGACUUCCGCCGCUACGUCACCCUCGACGCCUACGUCGACGACCUCCUCGCCAUCCUCGACGCCCUCCGCAUCGACCGCUGCUUCUUCGUCGGCCACUCCGUCUCCGCCAUGAUCGGCAUCCUCGCCGCCAUCCGCCGCCCCGACGCCUUCCUCAAGCUCAUCCUCAUCGGCGCCUCUCCCAGGUUUUUGAAUGACGAGGAGUACCAUGGAGGAUUCGGGGAGGGGGAGAUAGAGACGGUGCUCGCGGCAAUGGAGUCGAACUACGAGGCGUGGGUGAGGGGGUUCGCGCCGCUGGCGGUGGGUGCAGACGUGCCGGCGGCGGUGAGGGAGUUCAGCCGGACGCUGUUCAACAUGCGGCCGGACAUCACCCUGUUCGUGUCGAGGACGGUGUUCAACAGCGACCUGCGCGGGGUGCUGGGGCUGGUGCAGGUGCCCUGCGUCAUCGUACAGACGGCCAAGGACGUGUCGGUGCCGCUCUCCGUCGCCCGCUACCUUAAGGACCGCCUUGGCGGCCGGACCACCAUCGAGGUCCUCCACCACACCGAGGGCCACCUCCCCCACCUCAGCGCCCCCGCCGCCCUCGUCCCCGUCAUCCGCCGCUCCCUCUCCCGGUGACCGCCCGCCGCCGCCCGCCGCGACCGGCCAUCACCACCAAUAUAGCCACCAUUAUAUUAAAUAUAGUGCUGUUUGGCUGAUGACACGUGGAGAAUAAGGCGUGGUGUCUUGGGUCGUUGCGCUGGAUAAAUUAUAUUUAUCUCAAAGAGUGGCCCACGUGGAGGUCACGUGAUAUCGACUUUGUCUUAACCCUUUUUUUUUUUUCCGAAAAAAAAAGUCUUUGGGCA